GACUUCGCAAUGUGUAUUGUUAAUUCUUAUUUUUAAUUUGUAUAGCCCUUGUGGAUUCUUUUGAAAGAUGUUCAGGCCUCUCCCAGCUCAUGUGAAAGCACUCCCAGUUACAUGUGCUGCUUCAUGAACACUGGGCAGUGCAACCUCAGUGCUGUAGAAAGUGACAGCCGCAGCGUGUGGAGGUGAUGCUAUCUGAAGCACACUCUUGGAACAGUCCCAUGCAAUGCUGAGAAGGGCUCACAGGCACCUUGAAAACUUUAUUUCUUAAUCUUCAGAUGAACAGGGAACAGCAUUUGGCUUUUCUGCUUUUCCCCUGGAGAGAUGAGAGGAAACUUUCCUAAGACAUUGUCUGAGGACAAAAUGAUUCCUGAAAGAGGCUUACCUUGAAGAACUAUACAGCACUGUAAGCUGUUGUGGUGCCAAAGAGGUUUUUUGGCUCUCUUGGGCAAUUGUUCCACUCCUGCACCCUCAUAUGCGCAGUGAUGCCCAGUUGGGGUGUAGGCUCCUUGGCAGUGCGGGACUUCUGCUGUGACUGCUGAGCAGUCCGACUGUCACUAAGGUAAGCAUGUUGCUUGGAGAAAGGCAGCUGUCAGUUUUCCACUUGGCCAGAGUGCAAAUCAGCAUGACACACACCGCUGUGUGCCUCCAAGUCCUUCAGAAGCUUAACCUUCCCCAGCUCUCACCCAGCCGUUAGCUCACUUGCUUCUUACAGGCAUCAAAACUGAAACAGGUCAAGACCUAGCUGUGGAUGUCCCUGUUGAUUGCAGGGGAGUUGAACUGGAUUGCUUUUAAGCGUCCCUCCCACUUCCUAAGGAUUCUAGGAUUGCACAGGUGGCUGUGCUGGGACACCGCAGUUUGCUUGUGGGUUUGUUUGGAUGCCCGUCUUGGGACAGAGACGUGCUCAGAGCCCGCAGUGUAAGUAACGGGAAUUGCUGCUGCUUCCAGGCGUCGGCCGCGACUGCUGCCAUGGCGACAGCGCUCCUGCUGCUCAGAUCGGCGCACGCCCUGCUGGGGUGCUGGGGCGGCCAGAGCACGACUAUGGAGAAAGAAAAAGACAGAAACGGAAACCCUAAUGGCUGAGAAAUGGGAGCCAGGAUAGAGUCCCAGUUUUCGAUUGGAAUGCGUUCAGGUCUGCCGCCUCUUGCUUCUGAGUGCUUGCUGGAAACCAGCGUGUUCUGGAGCACGGUUUAUUUUAUUCCAGCCAAGGGACAGCUCCACUUUUUAGAACUCGUUUCCAGUUUGACCCAGUGCUCUCUGAUUUGCUGCAGCUGACGUUGGGUUUCACUCCUUCGGAGAGUCUCUCCCCUUUCGGACCGUACGGGACUGCUGGCAGCCGCGGUGCUUUACUCCGCCUCUGCUCCCCCGUACGAAGCGGGAAGGAGGAACGGCGAUGACGUCUCCCUGUGUGCCGGCGCUCCGCAGGGCGCGAGGAGGGGCCCCCGCUGCGCCCCGGGGGCGGCCCGAAAUGGCGGCGGGGGCGGGUCAAGAUGGCGGCGGGCGCGCGGUACUUCUGCACGGCGGGCCGCGGCCUCGAGCCCUUCCUGGCGCGGGAGGUGCGCGCGCGGCUCGGCGCUACUGAGGUGGACUAUGUCUUAGGGAAGGUUUUCUUCACCACCGCCGCGGAGCCGGGCGAGCUGAAGGAGCUCAAGUCGGGAGAGCGGCUGUUCCUGCUGCUGAAGAAGCGCGUCCCGCUUUCCGUUUCUAGAAAUAAAGGGAAAAUGCUGCACGAGAUUAAAAGCCUCCUCACUGAGGAACCCGAGUCCUGCCUGGAUGUUAUUGCUACUUGGAGAAAGCUUCGUAGUCAUGAGGGGAAAAAGGAUGAGGUUUCUCAAGAAAGCCUGAAACCUCACAAGAGAAAACCAGAAGAAGAGGUUAACAUUGCAUCUAAAAGACAGAAAACAGAGCAAGUAAGAGAGAUUGUGUCUGAAGAACAUCAAGCGGGAGCUGGAGAGAACUAUGUGGUGUCAGAGGAGGAGAGUGACCGGGACUGCCAGACUGAAAGCAAGGCUUCUUUAGAAAGCCCUCCCAAAAGCAGCAUAGAAAAACCUACUGAGAAUGAGAAGCAGAACUUCAGUUUCAGAGUUUCAUGUCGUUGUAGUGGAGCGAUUGCCAAGAUACUCACUUCACAGGAGAUUGGAAGAGCAGUUGGCAUAGCGCUAAGGAAGCAGUUUGGAUGGCAGGCUGAUCUGCGGGCCCCUGACCUGGAGAUCUUUCUACAUCUUAAUGACAUUCACUCAGUCGUGGGGAUUCCUCUUUUCAGGCUUCCCUUGGCAAAUAGAGAGUAUAUCAGAACAGCAGGCCUGCGGUCAACUGUUGCCUGGGCCAUGGCAUCUCUGGCUGAAAUAAGUGUGGGUGCCUUCGUAUUGGAUCCCAUGUGUGGGCUGGGAACCAUCCUGCUGGAAGCUGCCAAAGAGUGGCCUGAAGCCUGUUACUGGGGUACGGAUACAAGUGAUUCACAAUUAGAGGGUGCAAGUGUGAAUAUUAAGACUGCGGGCUUGGAUGAUAAGAUUGAGUUGUUUAAAGCUUCUGUGAAAGCGCUGCCGUUGCCCUCAGAAAGCUUUGAUGCCGUGAUUUCGGAUAUUCCAUUUGGGAAGAAGUUCAAGAUCACAAAAGACAUACAGCUCCUACCAGAUAUUCUCCAGGAGAUGGAGAGAGUGCUUCGUGUUGGAGGGAUUAUUGUGUUGUUGCUGAAUCAAGAUCUCCGUAAGCGCAUGGAUGGCAUUGCCAAGACUGUUGAAAAUGAAUCUCUUAAUGCCAUUUCUGAUGGUGCAGAUGAAAUGACCUCUGUGAAAGCCUUGAAUAAUGAUGGGAAUUCAUCCACCUCGGGGACCGGUGUUGAAGAACCUGUUCUCAGCUGUGGACAGAUGUGUUUUGGGUCUCUCGUGCCAGAUGGCAUCUAUGAAGUUAGUCUUGGAAAGACGGAUGCUUUCAUAUACAAAUACAGGAAGAUCUCUGCUGCUGGGAAGAAUUAACAGCUUUUGUGCAUUGUUCCAGUGUUGAACUUGAAUCCUGAUAGACUUGAAAGCAGCAUGGCAGUGAACUGGUGUAACUCUGCUAGUCCAAACUCUGUGCCAUUUGCUUGCUCACCUCAGUUUACUUGAGUCUACUAGGCUGUUGCUUUUCUCACUUUGGCUUUUAGAUGGAAGAUUCCUUUUCGUGUUUCAAAUGUUUUUAAUAUAAACUGCUGUAACAAGACAGAGUCCUCAAAUCCUUGUUUAGACAAAUCCUCUCUAUAUCAGGAUGAGUUCUUCACGAGAAGGACUUCAAAUGCUGUACCACAAAAACAUGGUAAUACUACAUGUGAAUGGGUUUUCACCUCCUUUAAUGUUCUUAGGAAGUGCUUCUUAAGAAACCUCGAGCUGUUCUUGAGGACUGGAUGGAGAGCCUUACUUUGUGCCUUGCAGUCUUGUAUUAUUUUAAAGCUAUCUUAUUAUGAUUCUGAAUUGUCGCUAUUCAGAUACCAUGCUGUGGAAAAUAAAUUAUUUUUAGUAUUAA